CUCAGCGCUCUCCAUCCCCCUCUCGCAUUCCCUCUCUCUCUCUCACUCUGAGCGCACAGGCUCUCUUCCUCCCUCCUCGCAUCGCGGUAAUCGCUUGAGUGACGGCGACCAAAAUGGCCGUGGAGACCGUGGUGCCUGCGGCGAACGGAAACGCCGCCAAGGUCGGGCCGGCGACACACGAGAAGCACGCGGAGAAGCUGAGGUUCAUCGAGGAGAUGACCGGGAACGCGGAUGCGGUGCAGGAGAAGGUGCUGGCGGAGAUCCUGACGCGCAACGCCGAGACGGAGUACCUCCGGAGGUACGGGCUCGGCGGCGCCACGGACCGCCUCGCCUUCAAGGCCAAGGUCCCCGUGGUUACCUACGAGGACCUGCAGCCGGAGAUCCAGAGGAUCGCCAACGGCGACCGCUCCGCCAUCCUCUCCGCCCAUCCCAUCUCUGAGUUCCUCACCAGCUCUGGGACGUCUGCUGGCGAGAGGAAGCUGAUGCCCACGAUCAAAGAGGAGCUCGAUCGCAGGCAGCUCCUUUACAGCCUUCUCAUGCCUGUUAUGAAUCUUUACGUGCCGGGCCUGGACAAGGGGAAGGGGCUCUACUUCCUCUUCGUGAAAUCGGAGACCAGCACACCCGGCGGGCUGACGGCACGACCGGUGCUGACGAGCUACUACAAGAGCGAGCACUUCAAGAGCCGCCCGUACGACCCCUAUAACGUGUACACCAGCCCGACCGCCGCCAUCCUCUGCGCCGACGCGUUCCAGAGCAUGUACGCGCAGAUGCUCUGCGGCCUCCUCCAGCGCCUGGACGUACUCCGCGUGGGCGCCGUCUUCGCCUCUGGCCUCCUCCGCGCCAUCCGCUUCCUCCAGCUCCACUGGAGGGAGCUCUCCCAGGACAUCGCGGCCGGGACUCUCACCGCCAAGGUCACCGACCCCUCCAUCCGCGGCGCCGUGGCUGAGCUCCUCAAGCCGGACCCGGAGCUCGCCCGAUUCGUCGCCGCCGAGUGCUCCGAGGGGGAGUGGGCCGGGAUCAUCACCAGGAUCUGGCCCAACACCAAGUACCUGGACGUGAUCGUGACGGGAGCCAUGGCGCAGUACAUCCCCACCCUGGAGUACUACAGCGGUGGUCUCCCCAUGGCGUGCACCAUGUACGCCUCCUCCGAGUGUUACUUCGGCCUCAACCUCAACCCCAUGUGCGACCCCUCCGAAGUCUCCUACACCAUCAUGCCCAACAUGGCCUACUUCGAGUUCCUGCCGCACGGCGGCGACGGCCACCACCCGGGCGAGGGGGUGGACACGGCCCAGCUGGUGGACCUGGCGGACGUGGAGGUGGGAAAGGAGUACGAACUUGUGAUCACCACCUACGCCGGUCUGAACCGGUACCGCGUGGGGGAUGUCCUGCGGGUGACCGGGUUCCACAACGCGGCGCCGCAGUUCCGGUUCGUCCGCCGGAAGAACGUCCUCCUGAGCAUCGAGUCGGACAAGACCGACGAGGCGGAGCUGCAGAAGGCGGUGGAGCGCGCGUCGGCGCUGCUCCGCCCCUACAACGCCAGCGUGGUGGAGUACACGAGCCACGCCGACACGAAGGCCAUCCCGGGGCACUACGUCAUCUACUGGGAGCUGCUGGCCAAGGACUCGUCGUCAUCCGCUGCGGCGGCGGCGGCGGCGCUGGCCCGGGACGGGGUGAUGGAGCGGUGCUGCCUGGCGAUGGAGGAGGCGCUGAACUCGGUGUACCGGCAGAGCCGGGUGGCGGACGGCUCCAUCGGGCCGCUGGAGAUACGGGUGGUACGGGGGGGCACCUUCGAGGAGCUGAUGGACUACGCCAUAUCGAGGGGGGCGUCCAUCAACCAGUACAAGGUGCCGCGCUGCGUCAACUUCCCCCCCAUCCUCGAGCUGCUCGACUCCCGCGUCGUCUCCGCCCACUUCAGCCCCGCCCUGCCCAAGUGGAUCCCGCACUUCCCCGGACACAACUGAAGCCCCGCGGGCCCCGCCGUCCGACCGGCCGACCGACCUUCCGCGUCAUCUAGCUCGUGGGUCAACGGGGCGAACGUGUCGUGGGGAAAAGGAAAGGCUGUCGUUGACCGUCUCCUUGUUUGACGCCGUCAAGUUAGCAUUAUAGUCCCGUGUUUUAGUGAAGAUGGAUGAUUCUAGCCAUGUGAGUACGUGUUUAGAGUAGUCGCAGGACGUGUUGAUGUAAUGGUACCUCAGCAAUAAUUCGGAGCCCAAAAAAUAGAGCUGCUUUCGUUAAUUUCAUAUUCGAA